AUGAAAGAAGCAAUCUUUGACCGCAAUCUCAAGGUUGAGAUCCACGACAUUCCGAUUCCAAUCCCAGGUCCCGGACAGAUCUUGAUCAAGACCGUCAUCUCUGGGACUAAUCCGAAAGACUGGAAGGUCCCUAAGAUUUGGGCCCCGCAACUACCUCCCCUCAACCAUGGAGAUGAUAUUGCUGGAUUUGUUAAAAGCAUUGGUGAAGGUGUCCUCGGCUUCAAGGAGGGAGACCGGGUUGCGGCCUUCCACGAAAUGAACACCCCACAUGGAAGUUACGCUGAAUACUCCAUCGCUUCGGCUCAGUCGACCUUCCUGAUCCCCGACAAGACCAGUUUCGAGGAGGCGGCCACAAUUCCACUCGCUGCCAUGACCGCUGCUCUUGCUUUAUACCAAAAGCUCGAUUUGCCGCUUCCUUGGAAUCCAGCCAAGACAGGUUUACCUCUUCUGGUCAACGGCGGUGCAACAGCUGUUGGUGCCUUUGCCAUCAAGCUCGCGGCCCUCUCCAACAUUCAUCCCAUUAUCGCGGUCGCCGGGAGUGGUAGUCCAUACGUGGAAACCUUGGUCAAUAGGCAGAAAGGCGAUGUAGUCAUCGACUACCGCAAGGGUGAAAACCACGUUCUCGGGCAAAUACGUCUGGCUGCCGGGGGACACCCCAUCUUCAAUGCUCUGGAUGGAGUGUCCGAAGAAGGGACAGUCCGGACCGUUGCCAAGGCCCUGGCUCCUGGCGGUAAGAUCUCAGUUUUUCUGCAGACCUCCCCAAGCGAUGUUAAGGCCGAGGUUUUGUACACCAUGGUCGGCACUGUUCAUAGCUCCAAUGGAAUUCUAGGUUCUCCCUUGGGCGACAAGGAGUUUGGGUCCAUGUUCUAUCGCUUCUUCGGGCUGGGAUUGGAGGAAGGCUGGUUCAAUGGCCAUCCUUAUGAGGUUCUUCCCGAAGGCCUUGGCUCUUUGGACAAAGCACUUAAAGACCUCGAAGCUGGCAAAGUAUCGGCUAAGAAGUAUCUUCUUCGCAUCGAAGACACCAAGUGA